GAAGGACAUCGUGGGGAACAGCACCAGGCUCAGCUACGGCAACGUCUACGCAGACCUCUACGCGCGCAAAUUCGAGGACGCCGUGCGCACCACCGAGACGCUGGGGGAUCAGCUCGACAACGUCGUGCUCUCGACCACCUAUGACGCCACCACCCAUACCUCCCAGAUGCUGCACCAGGUCUCCCGGAUCAUCGCGACGAGGACAGUCCGCUCGGCGGAACGAGACCUGUUCUUCGUGAGCAUGUGCUGCUACGACACGCACAACACGGAGUACGAGGAACUCCAGGGGCGGUACACGGAACUCAACGCUGCGCUGCAGGGCUUCGUGGCCGAGAUGAAGGGGCAGGGCAUCUACGAGAACAUCGUGGUGGUGACGAGCUCCGACUUCGGGCGCACGCUGACCUCAAACGGUAGGGGCACCGACCACGGCUGGGCGGGGCACGGGUUCGUGCUGGGUGGCACGGUCCACGGUGGUAAAUCUACAACGACUUCCCCGAGACUCUGAUGGCCGAGGACGUGGACGGACGAGGGAGGCUGGUCCCAAAGUACCCGUGGGAGAAUGUGAUGGUCCCGGUGGCGCAGUGGGUCAGCGCGCGGCCGUCGUCGCGCCUCUCGUCGUCGCGCCUGGUCGGGCGAAAGUUGAGCUCCGUUUUCCCGAAUCUCGCCAACUUCAACACCACCGAGUACAUCAUCCCGCAAGUACGCUCUUCAACGACUACACGGCAGCACCGACGCCCACGCCAACGCCAUCUCCAACGCCCGCUCCGACUGCCACUCCUACGCCAUCUCCAACGUCUGCCUCGACUCCGCCAGCUCCGACGCCCACGCCAGCACCGACUGCGCCGAUAUCGACCGAAACAUUGUCCGUGGUGGUGGCAGGCGCUACUGAAGUGUCUGUGACAUCCAUAGACGGCUUCACAGUCGGUGACACCGUCGUGAUCGAGGGCGGCGGCAACACCGAGACGGGGAUUAUCCAAAGCAUCCGGGCGUCGCGUGUCGCGUCAGCGUCGGCGAGCGGUGGCGUUCUCGUGCUGGCCAGCGGGUUAUCGCACCAGUACCCGAUCUACUCCAGCGUCACCUUGUUGAUUACCCCCGCGCCAACUCUGGCACCAACUCCUACUCCUACUCCUGCUCCGACAGCACCAGUUGCAGGCGGCGUUUCUGCCACCGGCGAUCCCCACCUGAGAAACGUUCAUGGCCAGCGGUUCGACUUGAUGACGCCGGGAGAGCAUAUCCUGAUACAUAUCCCCAAAGGAGAGUUUCACAAUGCGCUUCUGGAUGUGCAGGCUGUGGUUAAACGAUUGGGUGGAUGCAAGGAUUUGUAUUUCCAAGCAGUAAAUAUUACAGGACGUUGGGCAGAUGAAGCACGUACUGGAGGGUAUCGCUACGUCGUAUCGGGCACACCCGUCGAGACACCGAAUUGGGUUACGUUUGGCCAAGUCGAUAUCAAAGUCGUUCAAGGACGUACACGAAGUGGGUUGCAAUAUUUGAAUUUCUACGUGAAGCACUUAGGGCGGGCAGGGUAUGCUAUCGGUGGUCUACUCGGGGAUGACGACCACACCGCAGUAAGCACUCCCCCGAAGGAUUGUCGUCACGGUGUGGCCCUCAGCGGGAGUGUGCGCGCAGAUGGCUUUAUCAAGAUCCGCUGCCGCGCGAAUCCGCCACCGCGCUCGAGUGGGCGCCUGGUGGAGGGGGAUUCUGGGGGGUGUCGUUUCG